UGUGUCUGGCUAUCAAAGCAUUAGCAGAUGUCUUCAUCUCCUUCCCUGGCCACAGAAGACUCUGUGACAUCAAAGAGGAGUUCUAUAGGAUUGCAGGUAAGAGGAUCUACAAAUUACAGGACAACUGUUAACACAUAGUAGGAUACUCAUUACUUUGUGUGACAGGUUUCCUCAAUGUCAUUGGUGCAGUGGACUGCACACACAUAAGGAUAAAAGCCCCCUCAGGUGCCCAUGAGGCCGAUUUUGUGAAUAGGAAAUCCUUUCACAGCAUUAAUGUUCAGGUGAACAUAACUUUUUGAUAUUGUCCAUUGACGAACACUCUGCAUUGCCAGUGAUGUGCAUUGAUUGGUGUAAUAUUCCUCAUCUUAUGAUUUCAGAUGGUCUGCAAUGCUGACUGUGUGAUCAGCAAUGUUGUGGCAAAAUGGCCUGGCUCAGUCCAUGACUCCAGAAUCUUUCGGGCCUCUGAAAUUUAUCAGUGCCUAUCACAAGGUGAAUUCUCUGGUGUGUUGCUGGGAGACAGGGGGUAUGGCUGCCAGCCUUUUCUCCUGACACCUUUCACAGACCCCCAGGAAGCACAGCAGGCCUACAACCAUGCCCAUGCCAGGACCAGGGCCAGAGUUGAAAUGACCUUUGGCCUCCUGAAAGCACGCUUUCACUGCCUUCACAAAUUAAGGGUCAGCCCUGUUAGGGCAUGUGAUAUUACUGUGACUUGUGCUGUCCUCCACAAUGUGGCCUGCCUGAGGAAGGAGAGGGCCCCCAGAGUGCCACCAGCCAUGGACUGGGACAAUCCGGCAAUCUUCCCUGAUGACGACAGUGGUCGGCUGCUGAGGGACCAAUAUGUGUUGAAUUAUUUUAGUUAGUAUGUGUGCUUUCAAUUUUGGUUAAAUAUGUCCUGCGGUGGCAGAGGAAUUUGUUUUUUUUUUGGGUUCGUUUUUUUAACGAAUUUGGCCUCUUAUGAUGUUUGUGCGGUAUACUGUGUGUAAUACAAGGCUGCAGGGAGGCUACUGCAUCCAUUAAUUUGUCUGUUCAGUUGAUGUGUAUGGAUUUGUCCUGCAUUUAUUUUAGUGUGCAGACAUGCAGGGUGUGUUAUAUACAGACCUUUGAAUGUGUAUGUAUCAUUUUGUAUAAUAUGCUUGGAUUCUGUGCUUUCCAUCUUGUAGAGUCACUGACUUCAGUUUCGAAAGGAGCUGAUGGUUUACCUGCUUUGUUUUGUCCUUAUUCAAUAAAGGAACAUAAUGUUA